UAAUAUAAAUUAUAAAAACAUGAUUUCAUCAACGAAGAAAGAAAAAAUUCAAACAUUGUGAUAAGAAUAAAUAAAAUUUACGAAAAGCUUGAAAAAAAAAAUUAUUUGUUUACAUUCACGUAGUCAUAAAUCGAUAAAGUAGGCAAUAAUAUAGUACGAUUCCUAUGAUGUUAGAAUUUGAGUAGAAGCGAAACAAUUCUUGCGAAUAGACUCAUGGUGUUCUAAAACGAGUGGUAGUCAUAAAUCAAAAAAGUAACCAAUCAUAUUGCACACCUUUGGAAUGAUGGCUAUCAUUUUGAAUAGAAGAAAAAAAAUUCUGGACGAAUCUAUUUAUGGUAUUUUAAAACGAAUAUUAGUUUUAGAUAUUCUAGACAAAUUUUAGAUUAUUUCGUUUUCAAUUAUUAAUAAAGAAAAUUUUUUAUUCCCAUAAUGUAAAAGUCUAUGUAAAAGAUUAUAAACAACGAAAUUAAAUCCUGAACUUAAAUAAAAAGUCAAAAAUUCUUUUAUACUAGAUUGAUAUACAUUUAUGCGAAAGGAAACAAAUGAAAAAGUUUCUUCUCAUCUAUUUUAACAUCGACAGAAUUUUGCAAGAAAUUAUACAGGUCAAUGGAUCAAUUUUCUUAUUUAGAAUUUAUACAGAUUAUUGGUAUCCAAAUAUAUAAGUUAAAGUCAUCUUUUUUUCCCGCCAUAUUCCAAGCUAUUACUUUACCUCAUAUAUCUGUUUUCUUUCAAUUUUAAAUGUUAAACUGUAAGGAUAAUUGAUGACAUAAUUAUGAUAUUAUGAUUUUUGAACGUGUUUUGUCAUGCGUUGUUAUUAAUGUUGACGUUCGUGAAUCUUAUUGCUAUAUAUAUUGCUUUUUCAAGCCAAACAUCGAAAAACUCCAAGGUUCGAGCUUGUUACUAUGUAUAUAUCCUAGCUACCUACACAGUUAACCAAUCAGAAGAAUGGGGAAACUUCAGAUGGAAAGUUUGUGAUUGGCCGAUUAAGGUUAGGCAAAUGUAAUGAGUUAUUAUUUUAAUUUGAUUCAAUCGUAUUCAAAAAUAAACGAAUUAAUUUCGUUCAGUUUUAUCGGAUUUUUCGAAGAUUAUACUGUCACUAGUUCAAUCGUUUAAUAUUUCCCGAUAUAUAUAACAUUCAUCUCGUCAUUGUUCUAAUUUCAAUUAAUAAAUGUUCAAAUAAAAUAUUUGUACUCGUCUUACAAUCGAAUAUGAUAUUUUCUAUUGAUUUUUCUACUAACAGAUGUAAGAAAAUUGUAUUAGAACGAAUAUAAAUCGCAAGAAAUACACCCUAAAUUUUUUAUCGAUUGCAAAGCCCCUAGAUUUUUUCUAUGGUGAAAUUGACAAGUCAGAAAUACUCGUAAAUUUGAAUUCUCUAAUACAACCAAAAUCUUAUUAAUGCUAAUAAAAACUCGCGUGUAGAACGUGCUGACAGAAAGAAAUAGAGACAGAGACAGAGACAGAGACAGAGACAGAGAGAGAGAGAGAGAGAGAGAGAGAGAGAAAGAGAGAGAAUAUGUGGUCAAAAUCUAAAAUAAACGUCAUUCUUAACGGUUAAGUGAAAUGCACUUGUAUUAUUAUUAUUAUAAUAACAUAGCAGAAUUAAAAGAUUCAAAAAAAAAUAGACAGAAACUUUUUUUUAUUCUAUUUUUAUUUCUUCUUUUUAUAUGAUAUUAGAUUAUACCAUAUUCGAUAAAAUCAAAUGAUAAAAAAAAAAAAUGUAAAUAAAGUUUUCUUUGUUUCGAAUGAGAAUAAAGUACUUUUACGAAGUUAGUUCCAUUUAUAAACGGUCACACACAACGUAUCUGCAUGUGUAACAAUUUUAAGUGGACGUAGAAACGCAUAAUCCUCACGACGAUGAUCCAAACUCUCAGUCGGUUUGCAGUACUCGCAUUGUACGAAUAUCGUUUCGUCUUCUUUCGAGAGAUAACUAGUUUUAAUAGGCAUUAAUAGUACAACGAGUGUUUUGCAGAUUGUACGAUAACAACUUUUUGUCGACAAAAAGUCGACGAUUUUACUUACGCCAGAAAUUGCAUUUUUCAUUAUACAGAAUACUAUUUCCGAGUGAAUAUUUCUCCGUAUAAAUUUACAGAAACUUGAAGUGUAUAUCUUAAACAUCGAUUGGAAUAUGGAGCUUUUGGUACCAACAGUUUCAGAUAUCAUUUUCAAAUAUACCUGGUCUAUCGCAAAUUAUAAAAAAACUAUUUCGAAAAAGAGCUCGAUCGAUAGUCCGUCUUUCGAAUUGAACGUAAAUGGUAUUCACAGUUCAUGGAAUUUAUCUAUUAGAUUUUGGAAAGGACCUGAGGGCAAGAGAAUCACAAACCCAGUAGUAUUGUGUUUGAAUAUAUUGAAUUGCAUCGUGGAGGAGGCUGAGCAAGCAAAAAUACGUUUUCAAUUUGGUGUAUUCAAUGCCAAUGUUAAACAUUGGGAAUAUUGCCAUGUUAGUAGAACUGUAUUGGAAUUAAAAUCAAAUAGUGAUAUUAUUUCACUUGGGUAUAAAGAUUUGUCCAUCGUUGACAGACACCUGAAGAAGAAUGGUGAGGUCGACUUGAUGGUAAAAAUACAAAUAAUACAAUGUGAAAGUGAAAAACAUAGUUUGUCACAGGAUAUGGAUAGAUUAUUGAAACAUCCACGUACAGCUGAUACUAAACUAAUUUGUGGAGGAUUGGCUGGUAUAGAAAUACCGGUACAUAGUAGCAUAAUAACUGCUCGUAGCAAUGUUCUAGCAGAAAUGUUAUCUCCUAUAUCCGUCUCUCCAAUAAAAACUGAGCUUGAAUUGGAAAAAGAUGAGGAACAAAAAGGAUAUAAAGAAGGUCAAUUUCUAUACUCGUUGGAAUUAUUAGACAUUUCUAAGGACACAACGGAUGAACUUUUACGAUAUAUUUACAGUGAUCAUGUUGAUAAUUUGGAUAAUCUUGCACCUCAAUUAUUAUCUUUGGCAGAACGUUUUUGUUUACAAGGUUUGAAAGAACUUUGCGAAAGAAAUUUAAUAGAAACUAUUACCCCAUAUAAUAUAGCCAAUCGAUUGUUAGUAGCAGAUGAAUUUGGUUGUGAAAUAUUGAAAAAAGCUAGCUUAGCUUAUUGCGAAGAAAAUUUAACAGUACUUAACAAAAGUCUUGCUUGGAAAAUGAUGGAACAAAUGAAUCCUGAAUUAUUUAAUGAAGUUUGCGAAGCUGGAAUGGGAAGUUCUAGAUCUAGUAACAUAGAUGAUAGUGAAUUGAGUAAUUAAAUUUAGUUCGUUAUUUUAUUUCAAUGGAUAUUUAGCGAUAAUGUGAUUUUAUUAUAAUAUGACAUUUUAUUAUAAGAUGAUUAUAUCAUUUAUUUUAAGUUUUAUAAAGCAUUUGAAAAAUAUUUGAA